AUGCAUGUCAAUAUUCCCAAGGUCUGCGAUCAUGCGCUGGUCGUCCAUGCUCACAACGGCGGCCUUCGCCGGGUCUGUGGCUAUUCCGUUCCUCCGCCGUACCCAGCUACCACCCAUACCCUGCUCUCAGGAUCUGGGGCCAACGCUACUCAUUUCACGGUCACGGCCCUCUGCCGUGGCUGCACCUACUGGUCCGUCCAGGGCUCGGACCCCGAGAGUCUGAACCCCAACGGCGAGAACUAUCUUGCCAAUGCCUAUUCCACUGUACCUGUCGACUACCCCCGAGGAGGAACAAACGACGUUUGGAAUCCAUCAGGGUACCAACCACUGUCCGGUCUUGGUAUUACGGUCCACACCUUUGGUUCUGAUGGAUGCCUUUCCGGUAGUAAAACUCUCGUCUCGAAUCCAGCCCUCAAUCACGGUAUCUCCCUCACGGCCGACGGCACGAAGCUUUACGUCUCUUCAAUGACAACCGCCUUUGAGUACAGCUACAACGCCGCCAGCCAAACUGUCAGCGGCGAACGCACAGUCGUGAGGGCCAUGAACCAGGGUGGCCAUCCUUCGCGUACUCUCCUGAUUCCACCUCAGACACCUCACCUGCUGGUCAUUUCACUCGGGUCUUUCGACAAUCUCGACCAUCCAACAAUCAACCCCGCAACGGGUCGAGCCAUCGUCAAAGUAUUCGACCUGCGUAACGUGCCUUCAGGCGGCUACGCCUUCAACACGCAGGGCUACCUGCUGGGUUAUGGUCUGCGCAAUGGUGUGGCACUCGCUGCUGAUGGCGGUAACCACGUCUACGGAGCCAGCCAGUUUACCGACAAGGCAUUCCGCACGGGGGACCAAUUUGUUCUCACUCCCAAUGCGACCUUCAAUGACGAGGACUGUGCCCGUCGCGGUUCCGUUCCGCCGCGCCUCAGCUUUCAGGCCCAUUCGGCGCCUAUGGAUGCUACAUUCGACCGUGCCACCGAGAACAUGUUCAUCACGUUUCACGGCUCCUGGAACCGGCCCGUUGCAACGGGCUACAAGGUUGUGCAGGUCGCAUUUCGGCGUGGGGCUAACGGCCGGUACGAACCUGUGGAGCCGGCCACGAGCAUGACGGCAGCAAAAGAUAUCUUCUGGAGUCAAAAUGAGGGGAGCUGCACCAGUAGCACAUGCUUCCGACCUUGCGGCAUCACCUUUGACCGGGCUUACUCGAGGUUAAUCGUGGGUAGUGACCGGCCAUCGGAGGGAGAGCUGUUCAUGUUGAUCAAAACGUAA